AAGUGGGAGUCUGAGAUGAGUUGAUGGCAUUUUCUUCUUAGGGAUUUGAAGUAUUCAUAUGUUUAUUUUUAUUUUCUGGAGCUAUCGUUCUCUUUUUUCCGAUCUCAAUCAUCACGGGAAGCUGAAAAUAAAAUAUGCAGAAAAUGGAGGACAUGGACAUUGAUUCAUUAGUGGACAUACACGACACUCCUGAUAGGUUAUCUUCACAACGAAUGAAUGGAAGUCAUCGUGUUGGCAAUUUAUAUGUAGCUGGUCAUGUGGGAGAUUCUAAUUCUGCAUCUUUGGAUAGGCUAAGCGGCAGAGGUAGAGUGGUUGCUGAAAAUGGGUUGCACAGAAAUCAUUAUAAACACCCUCAAAAACUUUCAGCUGGUGUUGAUGAAAUUGAACAUCGAAAAAACACUAUUGUUUUGCCCCCACUAGGGGAAACUCGAGAAAAUGCUCCCCUAUCCAGAAAAGCAACAUUGGAGAGAAGCAGGAAUUCCAUCGGAGAGCAAUACAAGGAUAAAGGAAAAGCUCCUUGUUUUAAACUGCCAUAUAAAUCCUCUGGAUUUGGAGAAGACCAUGCUAUUGUAAAUUUAACCGGACGGAAUAUGCACAAACCUGAAAUGAAAUUUCCACAAGGUGGAUCAGAAAAUUGCUUUGCUGAAGGAGGAAGAAAAGGUAAUGUACCAAGAAAUGGUGGUUCUUUUACAUGUAAUUCUUCAAGCAAUUCUGCAACGGCCAGAGAUAACUGCAAGGGUAAAGAAAAAAUAGAUGACACUGGAUUCAAAGGUGUUGGCUCUGGUAUGGAUCAUGCAAAAGGGGUGGAUCUCUUUUGUAUUUCCCCUCUUAGAUUGGAAAAGCAAUUGUUUGCAACUCACCAUCCUGAUGUCUCACCAAGAGCAAUCGGGAAAAAAAGGGUGGUUCGGAAUGGUUGCAUCGCCCCUCUGAAUAUGGCUACCAGGGCUAAACAACUCAAUGAACAAACCCAGAUCAGCUUUAAAUCUGAACACAAUAUUGGGAAUGUAGUUAGCAACAGUCCUUGUGGAGACAUAAGUGGGAUAAUCUCAGAAGAUAAUUACUAUGGUAAAGGAGGAGUUGUCCAUCCCCAUGCAUCCAUGAAUCCUGAUAUCAAUGUUACUAGUUUAUCUGGAAGUGCUGUUAAGAACAAUAGCGAUUCGAUUAGAGAUGAAUGCUUUGGGAAAAAAGUUGGUCAGAGAAGUAUACACAACUGUUCAAAAAAUGUAGACCGUGCAGAUGCACAUCAUUUCAGCAUAUUUAAAAAUGUUGGAUGCCAAAUGAGUCAACAGAAUGAAAAUAAAGUUGUAAAAAGAAAUGACACUUAUCGAGGAAACAACAUAGUUCUAUCUGGUUGGCUUGGAAAUCAUGAUGCAACUGAAAAAGCUCCUGUGAUCUUCUCAAAAUCCAACCAUAUAAGUGAACCUUCUCCAGAAAAUAUGAUGCCUAAAAGGCAAACGAAAAACAAAUUAACCUCAGGAAAUAGUGGUGAAAGCACUAGGCUCAUUCCUUAUGAUGCAAAUGUUGUGUUUCUUGGCUCAUCUCAGGAAUCAUCGAGGUCAAGGUCAUCUAGAAUUAAUAUUGGGCAACAUCUGAAUGUUUUGGAUCUUGAUGAGUCAUUUGAAAUGAGAGGGACAAAUGCCAAUUUUAGAGACUGUGUCAGUGAUGAGGAAUUAGAGGCUAGGGCAAGACAAGUUGAAUCAGAUGAAAUCUUGGCCCGUGAACUCCAAGAAACAUUAUAUCACAAGGUCCCAAUAUAUGAAAAUUUUGAGCAGAUUGAUGAAAACAUUGCAAGGGCACUUCAACAGGAGGAAGAUACACUCCCCAUUACUUCUACUCGUCAUCUUCGUGAGCGUCUUCAGAUUGAUGAAAACAUUGCAAGGAUACUUCAACAGGAGGAAGAUACAAUCCCCAGUACUUCUACUCUUCAUCUUCGUGAGUGUCUUCAGAAUGAUGAAAUCAUUGCAAAGACACUUCAACAGGAGGAAGAUACACUUCCCAGUAUUUCUACUCGUCAUCUUCGUGAGUGUCUUCAGAUUGAAGAAAUCAUUGCAAUGGCACUUCAACAGGAGGAAGAUACACUCCCCAGUACUUCUACUCAUCACCUUCGUGAGUAUCUUCAGAUUGAAGAAAACGUUGCAAGGGCACUUCAGCAGGAGGAAGAUACACUCCCCAGUACUACUCACAGUCUUCGUGCGGGUAAUCAGAUAGGCUCAACAAGGCAGUCUCGUACUCAGUCUUCAUUACGGACGUCUCAGAAUUCUUCAAAUAGGAGAGGAAGAGGCUCAGCAAGGCAGUCUCGUACUCGGUCUCCAUUGCGGACUUUUCAGAAUACUUCAAAUAGGAGAGGUAGAGGCUCAGCAAGGCAGUCUCGUGCUCGGUCCCCAUUGCGAACUUCUCAGAAUACUUCAAAUAGAAGAGGUACACGGGUUCGUUUUUCUACUUAUUCUAGAGUGUCGCGGUCAAGGAAUCAAGUUUUGAAUCAGCGUCAAGCAGUACCAUCUACGACAAGGAAUUUUCACUUUCCAUCGGACAUGAAUUUGGAUAUGAGACCUAAUAUGAUAGAAGCCAUGGAGAAUAUUAUAGAAGUUGAUAUCACUGGUGACACCUUCCGAAUUCAUGAUUUUACCGAUAGCAAUAAUGAAAGGUAUUUGGCACUCGAUGACAAUAAUCAUCAGCGUACUGGAGCUUCUACUCGGCAGAUUAACAGUUUACCGCUCUCGAAAGUGCAGACUGAUAAUUCCGAUGAAGUUUGUACCAUAUGCCUCGAAAGCCCCUCCACUGGAGAAACUGUUCGCCAUCUUCCUUGUCUACAUAAAUUUCACAAGGACUGUAUCGAUCCGUGGCUCAGCCGGAAAACGUCAUGCCCGGUUUGCAACUCAUCCAUAAAUUGAAUGGGGAGGAGCGUAUAUGCUUUGAAAUGUUGAAAGGAGAGGAGAUCAUGAAUAUAUUGUGUAAAGUUAUGGGGCAUCGCAUGCAACUUUUUCAGUUUUCUUUUUCUACUACCAAAAAAGCCCUCGUAUUAUCGAACAAUUACAAAAUGAUCAUCGGACUCUGUGUAGGGUUCAUACUUAUUUUCCGAGCUUAAACCUCAAAAUUUUCUAGAGUAGAUUUACCUAAUCAACUACCAGUCUAGA